GUUUUUCUUCCCACUGGUACUUCCUUUUCCGCUUUAACUUGCAACGAAGAUGAGCAAAAUCUCCAGAGACAAUCUUCAGGAGGCCAUCACGGCCGUCUUUGCCGGCACAAAGAAGGAGGAUGGCUCUAAAAGGAGGAAGUUCACAGAGUCCGUGGAGCUGCAGAUUGCGUUGAAGAACUACGAUCCGCAGAAGGACAAGCGUUUCGCUGGCACAAUCAGGUUGCCCCAUGUGCCGAAGCCAAAGAUGAAGGUGUGUGUUCUUGGCGACCAAGUGCACUGCGACCAGGCGAGGGCCAAUGACCUGCCAUGCAUGAAUGCUGACGAUUUGAAGAAGCUCAACAAGGACAAGAAGCUUGUCAAGAAGCUUGCCAAGAAGUACAGUGCAUUCCUGGCCUCCGACACACUUAUCAAGCAGAUCCCCAAGAUCCUGGGUCCUGGUCUUAACAGAGCUGGCAAGUUCCCUGCCCCCAUGUCACACCAGGACUCCAUCGUAGGCAAGGUUGAGGACACUAAGGCAACCAUCAAGUUCCAGUUGAAGAAGGUUCUGUGUCUGGCUACGUGUGUGGGUCACGUGGGCAUGACCGAGGAACAGAUCUAUCAGAAUGUUACCCUGUCCAUCAACUUCCUUGUCUCCCUCCUCAAGAAGAACUGGCAGAACGUGCGUGCCCUCUACGUGAAGUCCACCAUGGGCAAGGCACAGAGAAUCUACUAGGCGGGCUAGACAUUGGACCUAUUGAUAUUACUAUGUGUUACUUGCUAGUGGAAUAAAUAUUCUCUGGGAA